CACGCGAAGAGCAACACCAAAGACUCUCAUUUGCCUCUUGCAAUCAUGGCGUUCCUAACACCCAAUCUUCACUUCGUCUUGUUUCCCCUAAUGGCUCAAGGCCACAUGAUCCCGAUGAUGGAUAUUGCAAGAAUAUUGGCACAUCGUGGUGUAGUUGUUACCAUAUUCACCACACCAAAAAAUGCAUCACGUUUCAAUUCAGUCCUUUCUCGUGCUGUUUCGUCUGGUCUCCAAAUCCGACAUCUACAACUCCAUUUUCCAGCAAAAGAGGCAGGACUACCUGAAGGCUGUGAGAAUUUCGACAUGGUAACAUCAAUGGAUACGAUGAACAAAAUGUUCCAUGCCAUCAGCAUGCUUCAGAAGUCAGCAGAGGAAUUGUUUGAAACGCUAACACCAAAACCAAGUUGCAUAAUCUCUGACUUCUGCAUUCCUUGGACCGCUCAACUAGCUGAAAAGUAUCAUAUUCCAAGGAUUUCAUUCCACGGAUUUUCUUGCUUCGCCCUCCAUUGUGUGCUCCAGCUACACGUUUCAGAGGUUUGUGAAAGCAUCACUUCAGAAUCCGAGUAUUUCACUAUUCCUGGCAUACCUGACAAAAUUCAAGUUACCAAAGAGCAGGUUAUGAUAACCACAACAUCAAAUGAUGAAAAAAUAUUAUUGGAGCAGAUGCGCAAUGCUGAUAUGAAGUCGUAUGGGGCAAUCAUAAAUACUUUUGAAGAGUUGGAGAAAGCAUAUGUGAGGGAUUACAAGAAGGCGAGAAACGAUAAGCUUUGGUGCUUUGGUCCAGUUUCAUUAUGUAACAAAGAUAGUUUGGACAAGGCUCAAAGAGGCAACCAGGCCUCAAUUAAUGAGAGCCAUUACUUGAAAUGGCUAGAUUUGAAGCAACCCAAGUCUGUGGUCUAUGUUUGUUUCGGAAGCUUAUGCAACUUGAUUCCUUCACAGCUUGUGGAGUUGGCCUUGGCCUUGGAAGACACUAAAAGACCAUUUGUAUGGGUUAUUAGGGAGGGAAGUCAGUUCCAAGAAGUAGAAAAGUGGAUCUCUGAAGAAGGGUUUGAGGAAAGGACAAAAGGGAGAGGCCUUAUAAUUGGAGGUUGGGCACCACAAGUAAUAAUAUUAUCACAUCCUUCCGUUGGAGGAUUCAUAACGCACUGCGGUUGGAAUUCAACACUUGAAGGUAUAAGUGCAGGAGUGCCACUUGUUACAUGGCCUCUAUUUGCUGAUCAGUUUUUUAAUGGGAAGCUUGUUACUGAUGUGUUGAAGAUUGGGGUGAGCGUUGGGGUAGAAGUUCCAUUGAAGUGGGGAGAGGAAGAGAAGAGAGGUGUGAUGGUGAAGAAGGAUGAUAUUAAGAGGGCAAUAUGCAUGGUGAUGGAUGAAGAUGGAGAAGAAAGCAAACAGAGAAGAGAAAGGGUAUGCAAAUUGAGCCAAAUGGGAAAGAGAGCUGUUGAAGAAGGAGGCUCUUCUCAUCUUGCCAUCACUUCCCUUAUCCAAGACAUCAUGCAACAAUCAACUACCAAAGUGGAUGCAUAUUUGCGCACGCUUGAAGAGUCGCAGUUUACAUACAAGGCUAAAUUUGUUUUACUAUAAUAUUAUAUUUUGCAUAUCUACUUACUAAUUUUAUUAGCCCAAAUAUGUAAGUUGCAUGUUAUUCAGGUUUUUUUUAAUCGAUCAA